AUGGCUCCGAGAAAAAGAAAAAUUGGGAACACAGGUUGUGCUGUGAGAAAAGGAGUAAUAGUGGACUUGCUGAAAACUGCUAUACCUAGCGAAUCGUCUAACACAAGGAACACAAAAAAUUCUAGGAUUGCAAAGAACUUGGGAAAUCCAAAUAAUAAGAGGAAUGCAAAAAGGACAAGAUGUAAACGAAGAAAAAGGAAAGAUUACGAUAAACUGCCUGACUUUUCAUGCCUAAAAAAAUUAAUCUAUGAACAGAAAAGGAAAGACAACAUAUCUAACUUAUUCUCUUUUAACGAUCCAUGUAUAAAAGAAAAAAUUGAUAAAUUUAACAAAAUAAUUGAAAGGAGAAAGGAGUACUAUUAUGACACCAGUGAUAGUAAGGGACAAGAUGAAAUAACUCCCAAUGUAUGUGAAUCUUCUGCUUUUGGAUAUACCUUUAUCGAUAAAGUUAUGAAUUUCUCUAAUAAGGAGGAUAUAGAUGACUUAAUACAGCAUGAUGAAGAUGAAGAAAUAGAUGAAGAUGUAGAUGCAGAAGUAGAUGAAGAAGUAGGUGCAGAUAUGGAUGCAGGUUCUGAUUCAGAUUUUGAUUCAGAUGCAGAUACAGAAUAUGGAAAUAAUCGAAGAGAGAAUCAAUAUGACAGCCAAUCAGACGUCUAUCAUCACUAUAAUGAGGAAAAUAACGAAAGAGGUAUACAAUGCUUUAGACACAUGGAUGAAGAGUUCAUAAAGAAGAAUAUGAAAAACACAAAUUGGGAAUAUGAAAAUAGGGGGAAUAAAAAUGACAGAAAAAAAAAAUUGCCUAAGGGCUACGUCGGUAUGAGUAAUAAUAAAAAGAAAACAGAAAAAAUGAAAAGAACAAAUUUAUUUAAUAAAAAAGGAAUUAUAGAUAGCAAAAAAAAAGAUCUCAUAUUGGACCAACUAAAACUGAAGUUUGAUGAAUUCAAAAUAGACACCUUGACGAUUCCUCAAAGGCCAAUAACCAUUAUUGAUGAAAAUGGAAUUCAGAAGAAGAAACUCUUUAUAUUUAACAUAAAUAAUAGUAGUGGAAAAAAGAAGAAUGAAAAGAAAAGGAUUCAAAUAGUGUAUGACACAGAGGGGGAUCAGUCGAUUACGCAGAAUUUGUCAGCUCAUAAUUUGUCACUUAAUAAUUUGUCACUUAAUAAUUUGUCACGUAAUAAUUUGCCCGCUCAGAAUUUGUCACCUCACAAUUUGUCUCCCCACAAUUUGUCAUCCCACAAUUUGUCACCACAUAAUUCGCUACCUAACAACCCUCAAACAGAAAUGCAAACGCAAAGGCGAGACGAAGGAGACCUAAUCGAGCUGGUGAAUAGAAUAAGUGAACAGAAGGAGUCUUACCUCUAUUUUGUGGUGAAAAAUAAUCAGCUGUUGUUGAAGAAGAACAAUGACUAUUUCAGCAUCAUGAUGCAUUACUUAUGCGAAGGGUCACCAAAUAUGAAUCUCCAGAUGAGAUAUUAUUUAAUUAUGAAACCACCCAACAUGGAUAUGUUGUUAUAUCUUAUUUUGACAUAUUAUAAAUUUUCAUUUAUCGAUUUAGUUGAACAAUAUCAAAAUAUAUCCAUUAGUAACAUAGUGGAAAGUUCCUUUGAGGAAAUGAUUCUUUAUGAUUACUAUUACUACUUUUUUCAUAUUUUAGAAAUAUCACAUGAAGAAUUUUACAUGUCUUUAGAAGUAUUCAACAGUAUGAAGUUUCUUCUUAGCAAAUACAAUUUUUUUCUUAGUAGGAUGCACAAGGAUUCUAUUUUUUCUAAAGCCAAGUUCGUGUUAGGUAUGGGAGACAUAGAGAAUGUCGAUGAAGUGUUUCUUCCCCCAUCAAAGGGAUUGCCAUAUGAAAGAGAGAAAGAAGAGCAGGAGGAGCAGAUGGAAGAGGAAGAAGAUGCUUCUACCAAAGUUCCCACUAAAGCAGAAAAAAACGUGAUGUCGAACUUGACAGAUGGAGAGACAACCAAUGCAGAAGAAAGCAUAGAAGAAUUGGAAUUAGAAGAAAAGAAAACAACAAAUCAGGCAACAAAUCAGGCAACAAAUCAGACAACAAAUCAGACAACAAAUUCGUGCAAAUGUAGGUAUAGAAACAGAAGAACACAGCAUCUUAGGAGAAAAAACGGAACAUUGCAAUACAUUUUGAAUACCAAACUUGAUUUUAUAAAUUAUCAACAAAAGAACUUCUUCAAUGAAACACAUUGGAAUGAGAUAGAAAAUUAUAAUCACUUAAAUAAUCUAGAUAAACUAGUGUACUUUACAAAAGAUUUGUAUUACAAAUUUACAAAAAAAAAUAUUUAUCAUAAAUUAGACGAAAUAACAUGUGAACAGAAGCAUUUGGAUAAGGUACAAAUGAUUGAACAGUGCAAAAAAAAAUUACCCUUAUACAAAAAAAAUGUCAAAUUUAUGAAUUUUCUUGGUGUGUAUUCACACUCAUUUGUAUGGCAGGUAUACUGCAUGCAUCUGGAGUUAUUUUGCAUUUUGAAGUUUAAGAAAAUACGUCCUUAUUAUUAUCCAUGGAUUAGUCAGAUGAAGAAAAUCUCAGUGUUAGAGGAUAGCACUUCCCUUGAUUGUGGUAAAGUAAAAGGGGAGAAAAUAGGAGCUGAAAAUGGUGAUUCAAAUCUAAAAGAGCUACUUCAUCAGGAAAAUGACAACCCAAUAAAGAUAAUGCAUGAACCAAAAGAAAAUUCGUUUUUGCAAGAGUACAAUCUGAGAGACAUAGAAAAUGAAAUAAAUGCAUCUCUCAAUUUUUUUCAUAACCAAGUGAAGGAUAAAAAAAUAGAAAAUUUGUAUAUCCCCAUUUCAGUUGAAAUUAAUAAAAAAUUGAUUGAAAAAACAAAAUAUAUUAAUGGAACUCCUCUGAACGAAUUUAUAUAUAGUGAAUUUUUAUCAGGUAUUGAUUUAAAAUUGCGCGUAUUUAAAUUAAAGUGCAUUGUUUUAAAAAUAAUUAAAAUUAUUUUAACCUUUUUAGAUUUCCAUACACUUAUUAUUUUGAAAUGUUCAAGAAUCUUUCUCAAGGAAGACAGCUUAAUAAUAAAUGGUGGAAUUCCCUUGGGUUUUCUCUCACCCACAUCUUUACGUUUCCUGCUCUACAAUAUUGAUGAAACCAUUGCGACCAAGUCAUACAGCAAGACUAUUUUUCAUUACAUUCCUCCCGAGAUAAGAAUGGCUUUGCACAGAAUUGGCAGCAGAGAAGGGAACGAUGGACAGAGCGCUGGCUUGAGUGGAGGGUGUGAGAACUGCUUCCAUCUGAUGGAUAAAAGCAAAUUGGAAAAGGCAUAUUCUUACAUGAUUGGAAAAGUGUUUGAAGAAUCUCUAAUCGACACAUUCACUGGGGAUAAGUUCGACUAUCUGAAUUUCGAUGAAGAUGUUAAAAACUUCCUUCUAUGUUGUUUAAAAGAAAAUUUAAAUGAUAGAGAACCAAUCAGCAAAUUGCCAUAUCAUAAGUGCUUUUCAGAAUGCUUUGACUUGUAUAUAAACAUUUAUGAUGACAAUAUAAAUUCGUAUAAGAAUGACAAAGAAAAGGCAAUUAGGUUACGGGAUUUAAAUUACAUUAACAAUUUUGAUUACAACAUUUUUACUAUUCCAUCUGAAUCUUCAUCCCGUCUUCCUUCCUCAUCUGAUUCAAGGAAUUUCAACACCUCUAGCCAAUACUCCUCUUCUUACAAUGCAUAG